AAAAAUAUGUUACUCAUUCUGACUCGGUUUUAGUUGUAGUAUUGGAUCGAAGGAACAGACCCUUGCAUCUACCGAUCGAGCAUGGAGAAGAAUGCGAGCUGCGGUGGUGCUAGAUCCAUGACAAAUCUCCGCCUCUUCUUGAUCCUCGCUCUGACGCCUCUCUCCCAUGCUCUUCGCUUCGACGUGCAAUCGGGUCAAACCAAGUGCAUCUCCGAAGACAUCAAGUUGAACUCCAUGGCUGUUGGCAAGUACUCGGUCAUCAAUCCAUUCGAGAAUCAGCCCCUCCCGGACUCCCACAAGAUCACCGUCAGGGUCAGUUCUCCAUACGGAAGCAGUAUACACCACGCCGACCACGUCGAUUCUGGUGAUUUUGCUUUCACGUCCUCAGAGGCGGGCGACUAUCUAGCCUGCUUCUGGACUUCUGAUCACAAGCCGCCCGCUACCAUAACCAUCGAGUUUGAUUGGAGAACUGGGGUGGCUGCGAAGGACUGGACAUAUGUCGCCAAAAAAGGCCAGAUUGAUGUUAUGGAGCUGGAACUAAAGAAGUUGGAGGAUACUGUGAAGUCCAUUCACGAUGAAAUGUUCUAUCUUCGUGAAAGGGAGGAAGAAAUGCAAGAAAUGAACAAAGCAACAAAUUCAAAGAUGGCAUGGUUGAGCUUCCUUUCCCUAAUUGUUUGUCUAUCAGUUGCUGGAUUGCAGCUAUGGCAUCUGAAGACCUAUUUUGAGAGAAAGAAGCUUCUUUAGUUCAGUUUGGACUUGUUAAUUAUUUUUGUGGCAUCUCUUGUCUGGUGGUGUAGUGUCACAACCAAAAGAGAAACUUAUAACAACUUAAAAUACAGUCAACCAAUUUUUAUCCUGCAAACCUUUUGCGACUUUUUUUUCUGUUUUAUUUGCUCGACAUGUGAUACCAUGUAACUACUGCAGCUUUCUCUAUGUGCAGGGAGCUAAGAAUAGAAUGAUAUGAUGACGAUUCAUUAUUAUCACAUUUUCUUAUCCAGCUCAGAUAAUAAGAGGUUA